AUGUAUGAUGUUUAUCUAGUUGGUGCAUGUGUGCUGGUGGGAAGUAGUGUGGGUUUCAGUCGGCAUAUGCACUGGUGGGAAGGCCACAGUAUGAGUCUCGGGUAUAUAGUAUGGGGGAUGCUCAACUAUGGUGGUACUGGUACAGGCUCGUGUUUUGGAAUGCCUGGCGAUGAAGACGCUGAGAUGAUAGUUGUCGGCAGCAUAAUUGACAGCAGCAGUACUGGUACAGGCUUGGGUUUUGGAAUGCCUGGUGAUGAAGACACUGAGAUGAUACGCUGGAAUGACAGACAAUCUAUGGCGGCCUCCAAACCAAGAUUGAUGGACUCAGACAUGCAUUGUGGGUGGGAGCGAAAGUGCCAGUGGACAGAGGUAGUGGCUCGUGCACUGGCAAUGGUGACCGGGAUGGUUGAGGAUGGUGGUGAGGGGGCAGCAGUAGUUGGGAUGGUGGUAGGAGAUCCUGAGGAGGUCCUGGAGCAGGUAUAUUUGAGUGGAGUGAAUGCUUGUGUUGGCGUGCACAGCCUGGAGCUGGGCAUGGAAGCUGAAGUAGGUGCAAAACUAUGGGUAAAAAUUGAUAUUCAGACUACUGGGGCUGGUGAAAAAAUACUGAUAUUUAUUCAGAGUCAGCUUAGACUACAAUUUUUGAAGAAUGGUGAUGAAACAUACCUUGUUCCUCCCAAACCCUCCAUUGAUACCAUGCCCGCCAGCGCAGCUCCAAAAUGCAUGACAACUCGAGCUAAGAAUGCAACUCAGCAUCCAGGACAUAUUCUGACCAGGGGCGAAAACUGUGUAAAAAGACGUACCAAAGCUGGAAAGGCUGCUGACAAGCAACAUGAAGAAGAGGAGAAGGAGGCAAGUAAAGCAGCUAUACAGGAAACUCAUAAGUGUGUUGCGGCAUUUCAAAAAAAGAUGCAGACAGACCAAGCUGCUGCAUGUGCUGAUGCACCUAAGCCUAGUCGUCCUCAUCCUCGUCCUGUGAAAAAGGCUGCAAAAGCCUGA